AUGUCGAAUUCUUUCCAGAAGGCCGGCGUAUACGGAGGCGGUCCCCUGCGGUCGAGGUAAUUCUCCCUGAAACGUUGUAAGAACUUGAGAGGGUUGAGGGGGCGUAUGUCUUGGUUAGAUCGGACCUCCGGUAGAUAACUCCUUACGCGGCUUCCUUCUCUGGGUGUGAUAUAUUUCCUUUCUUCCCUGGUUGACCCAAUUUCGUUAAUUUGUUUUUGUAGGGAAGGUAUCAGCGCGAGAGCCAGUGCGAGCAGUUCAGGGGGCGGAGAUGUCCAGCUGCAGAUAGAUCCGAUGCACGCAGACCUAGAUGAUCACAUUACAAAACUCCACCGGCAGAUCGGCCAGUUGAAAGGCGUGAGUACCCUCGUUUGGAAAAUCAUCUGUUCUCUGCUCAACUAUUUCUUGUUUUACGUGGGAUUGGGUUCUAAUUUACGGUAUCAUGUGCCUUUCAAGGAAAGAAUUGUUACGUAAUUAUAAUUUUCUGCAUGUUUGGUAAUAGUUGCCAAGAAAUCACAGUAAUAUGAGGAUUUUUUGGCAACCCGAGAAAAUUCCUUUUUCUUUUUCAUUUUCUUUUAGGUUCCUGCUAAUAAAGUUAAAUAUCGAACGAAACAGAGAUUCCAAGAGGAUAUUAUUGUAUCUUUUGUUCCAUUUUUCUGUCCUAGCAUGAUUAGAUUCGAUACAAUAAUGAUAUGACAGAUUUGAUCAACCAUCGAUUGAGGAUGCUUUCAUAUCCACAGCAGUCUGUUGAUCCUAUGUUGGUUUUUAUUUUUGGUUUUGUGUCGUGCUUUCUAUUAUUCAUAUUUUUAAGUCAGAAAAAAAUAUUAAAUUAAAACCGUAACAAUUUCUUGCUUAAGUUCGCAUUCCAUCCCCUUGAUAAGGAAAUUUAUGUGUAGGUGAUUAAGUUUUACCGAUAGCAUUGAUUCAUUGAUGUAAUAGCUUCAUGGAGAAUGAUUGUUGUAAUGAUUGAAAGGCAAUAGUCAGCAUUGUUGUCAUCAUGAUCAUAUGCAUCUUCUCAACUUUAUCGAAAUAGCCUAUUAAAUAGUACAAUAUGCGAAGUGGUGGUAAUAUGAACAAAUAUACCACCAAAAGACCCGUUUCUUGCUGUCACAUGUAAUUGUGAAUUCACAUAAAUUGAUAUGUAGACAUUUUGAUGAAUAAACAGCUCAUUCUAUAUAAUAUUUACCUUGAAGGUAAAAACUAACAUAUUUUUUCUUUGACCUAACGGUUAGAACUAUCAAUGCAUUACAUUUGAAAUGACUGCAAAGGUCUGUUUGAAGAAAAUGGAAAUAUAAGACUUUGGAGGAACAUUUGGGGCGCAGGGGUCUUCUUUUAUUUUUUUAGGGUGCGAACUUUAAUUAUAUUAAUCCUCUUUGCUUAUGUUAUUUUUGAUGUACUGUUAUCUUCCACAAUAUUCAUGUGAUAAAAUUUGGCAUGUCAUAGCUUGGCUCAUUUAAAAACAGUUCAUAAAAUUAAUAAACCGCUUGGAUGUAGAACUCCCAGAGAAAAAAUUUAAUUAGUAGAUCAUUCAACCCAAAUCUGAAAAAAAAAUUAAUUAAAUUUGAUUAGGUUGAUGGGCAUCGGUGAUGCUCACUAUUUUGGUCACAUUUCGUGAAAAUUUAAUGAAAUGAUUUAAGGCUACGUAUGUAUUGACAAGUUAUGUCCAUACUGGAGUAAAGAACACAUAAACAUCCAUAUAACACUCUACGUGUCUCGAUCACCAUAGAUUAUGUCUUUACCCAUCAUAAAGCUUAGGAUAGCACUACCAAUCUUGCCGUUUCUGUGGAUAAUGCACAUCUGUGACAAGAAAAUCCGCUCUUGCCAAUCAUCUUCUGACGAGUAUACUCAGGCUUCGCACGAGAUACCAAAUGGCUGAUAAUGUGAAACCAAAUGGUUUCCCGUUGGUAAUCUUGUUGUGAAUGACUACCUGUUUGCAUUCUUAUCGUGCUGUCCAAAAGUUUGAUUUGGUGUUUAGCCACGCGUCAUCUACCAAACGCAUUUGAUCUUAUUAUAUCUCUAUUCAGUCAUUGAAAGAAUCUCCUCCUCGCAUGUUUUCUGUCCUGUCAUUGCUGUGCCCAGCAUAUGAAUAUUUAUCUCACAGGCAGGCUCUGCAUUUGUGGACCGAAAUUGCUUUUCUCGGUUCAUCCAUUUCAACUGUGGGUCACUCUUUCUCCCCCUGAUAAUUUCUAUCUAAAGAAAAACGCUGAAUAAUUGUAAAUCUCGUUACCAGUGUCCUUUGUAAUUAUUUGAGUAAACUGUCCAAACUUGGAACCUUUCUCUUAUUGUAGCUACAUGAUGCUUUCACAAGGUCGGCGGGUAUCAGCAUUUCUGUGUCUUAGUGAUUGUAGAUGAUUCUUAGAGCGAUCGUUCUAGGUUUCACCUUCUAGACUAUCCUAAAAAAAACAAUCUACGAAACGGCAUUGGUUUCCAAAUCGCAUUUCCUUGCUACUUUUGGUAGUGAGGAGGGCACUUCGCCAUUCAAACGAAAAAGAUCAUGUACAAUGACAGUGUGCUAAGACAGUGAGUUGCCAAUUUAUUCUUAUGUGAUUUCAUUUCAAAUCUUCUGUUAAUAUUCUUGUUACAUGUGAGAUCAUGUCCAGUUUUACAUCACAAACUUGUUUUUCUCGGGAAAGCGAAAUGUAGGAAAAUGUACAGAGAAAGUGGGUUUCGUAGGCUUGAUUUUUUAUUUGCCACAGCAUCUCAAUGCUGGAUUAACGAACUUAAAUGGGACAAUUGAUUACUAUCCAUUCAGAAUAUAUAUUCCAUCAUUGCUAGAUCGAUCCAUAUGGAUCGAUGAAGAGGCGAGUCACGGAAUCCUGAGGAAAAAAAUGAAUUUUUAUUACAAAGAAAUAAUCUGCAGCUUUUCUGCAAGGAUACAAACUGUUCUUAUUUCCUAUUUUCGCUGUAGAGGAAUUCCAUUAAACGAUCUAAGAGGUCCACCCCUUAGAAUAUUCUCCUACCCUUAGCUUUAAAUAUAUAUUCAUGAUUUCUGCAUUGGUACUGCUAGUAUUUUGACAGUACAUGGAUUGUCGUUUGAUUGUCUUGACCGAAGUACUCUAUCAGUUUCUCGUUACUUGGUACUUGGAUUUGUUGAUUUUGAUCUUCGUUUCAUUUUUUUAAAAUAAUUAUUUUAUCUGUUAUUCUUUUCCCAGACGAUCGUCCUGUUCUUUUUUUUAGUACUCAGCAAGUGCUAUUUCAUCUUCACUAUUUUAGGUUGCUCUAGAAAUAGAGACAGAGGCGAAGUUUCAGAACAACCUGCUGGCACAACUGGUAAGCUUGAUUGCCUGUUCUAUCCUUAAGUCCCUUUUGUAUUUUAUUUCUCUGGUACCCGUGUAAUUAGUUUAUUUCCCGUGUUUUUUCCCCUAGAGACGGACUUUAAAACAAGGUUUUGUAUCCUCGUGGGUUUAAAGCCAAGAAACUUCCGUGAUCAAGCUUUUUACCAUGUCAUCAAUAGUGGGUAAAGUGUUCCAUGCCAUUUCAAACAAAAAUCAAUGGAAAGUAACAUGAAGUAGAAAUUAUGUCAGUGAUGUAUAUUGCCCAUCAAUUACACGAGUGGAUCCAUAUUUGACUCAAAAAAAUAUAAGAUAGUGCCCGUUGACCGAGGAAAAUGUCAACUGUGAAUAUACACUUGUUCUCGUACCCCUCUUCACGGGUUUACCGCGUGAGAAAAUAAUGGAUCCCGUUUUAUUUUUCUCCUUCAGCUAUUAGUCAUCCAAAACUACCCGACCCUCAUAUUUUAGCCCUGUUAAUUUUUUGCCGUUUAAAAAACAUAGAACAUGCCUCAAGAACACUCCAUUGGGCUUCAUUAUAGUUCUUGAAAUGACAAAGGUUGGGCAAAAGUGAGGUCUAUGCAGUUCUUGGGGCUUGGGCAAGGCUGCCGAAGGAGACGGUGGCAGCGGAGUGGAGGCUGCUGCCUGAGUGGUGGGGGGAUUAGCCAGGAAAAGCGGAGCAUAUGGUCAGGGAGUUGCCCUUUCUUCAUUUGAACUGCAAAAGAAGGGUUUUCACUACGUUUGAGUGUUGAAUGGUUUUAGAGAAACUGUUGGUGAAGACAAAAAGUAGAUGGAGUAGGGCAGAAAUCAAACCCCCGAGAAACCCUCAAGUAGUAAAAAUUAAGGUUAAUCUUGUACGACGUAGACUAUUUAUUAACAAAAUAAAAAUAUCUAGCUACAUCCCAUCUUUUCUAAACUCUGGAUCGCCAAGGAGCUGUGCAGAAGGUACAAAGUGGGAGUUCAAUCAAAUAUAGAAUAAGGAUACACAAACAGGAACCGAUCCCAAAGAAAAAGCAGGAUAAAUUGGAUUGGUAACUAGAGAGAGAGAGAGAGAGAGAGAGAGAGAGAGAGAGUUAAAAUCACAAUCGGGUCAGGAUCGUCCGGCCUUCAUUAUAUCUAUCUCUCAUGGGCCGCCCCCUAACCUCCUGCUGGUGCUGUCCCUAGAGAGCUUGGAUCAUGUUUUACCGCAUGGUGAGUUAUUUGGCCUUACCUUCCUCAGACGUAGGGUGCUAUUUUUCUCCGAUCUAUUUUGAUAAACAUAUGGAGCAGCUGGCUAUUGGGCGUCGUUUUUCUCUGAUGAUUCCGCUCUUUCAUCGCCUUCACAAACAGCAAACGACGAUGUUGAAAGCCCAAGCGGGCCUGAAGAACAACAUGAGGAGGUUGAACAAGCGGAUCAUCCAGCAGGGUUCAAAUCAUGUGUUUCACGUCGUCUUGUUUGCCUUGCUCUGCUUCUUUCUCGUGUACCUCUUGACUAAAUUCUCUAGAAGGUGA